AUGUAUAAAAAAAACAGAAUUGAGAUGGCUUCUCUACAAGGCCCCGCCAUUUAUCAAGUGGUCCGUGAAAAACAGACUGGAUUAACCGGGACCGUUAGUUCGCCUCUACUGAAAGCGAAAUUACACAAAACGGGAUUAUUGGGGCUCAAAGUACUUACCCAUGGAAAAGCAAAUGUGGGUUAUAAUCGGAAUUUGAGAAAGUUCAGCUUGGUAAAUUGUAGUUUCAGUUCCUCGUCAAAUGGUGAUGGGAGGACGGCUGGGAAUUCGAACGAGAAUGAUGCCGACUAUGUGAAUUCAAGCGUAGUUGAAGCUGUCGAGGUAAGGAGUGGGGAAGAUGGUUUCAUGGUGAAGAUGAGGGAUGGUCGAUAUUUGAGAUGCGUGCGCAAUAAUCUCCAGGGAGGUCACCCACCUGAUUAUGCCCCACAUCCAGCAAUUGUGUUGAAGAUGGAGGAUGGGACUGGACUUCUUCUGCCCAUUAUUGUUUUGGAGAUGCCUAGUGUGCUGCUCAUGGCAGCUAUGUGCAACAUCCCAAUUGCCAGGCCAACCAUUUAUUCAGUCAUGAAUGAUAUGAUUGAGAAGAUGGGAUUUAUAGUGAAGCAAGUACGGAUCACAAAGAGAGUGCAUGAGGCUUAUUAUGCCGAGCUACACCUUGCCAAAAUCGAUAACGAGGCUGAGAGCUAUGUCUUUGACAUGCGGCCCUCGGAUGCCAUCAACCUUGCAGUUAGAUGCAAGGUGCCAAUACGAGUGAACAAGUUCUUGGCAUAUAAUGAUGGUAUGAGGAUUGUUGAGUCUGCAAAGGUGCCCGUUCAGAGUUCAUCGUUGGAUGGACAGUUGUUUACUGAGCUAGACAGACCUACCGACCAGCCAUGCAUAGAGACGAAGGAGUUCAUUUUAGUGAGGAACAUGCUAAUUGCUGCUGUUGAGGAACGUUAUACAGAUGCAGGUAUGCUGCAAGGGGAUUGGAUGACUUCUGUACAUAGAAAUCAAUAAUCAAGGCAUUUCAGUAAUUUGUAUAUUUUGCUCAUCUGAAGAUUUAUGUGGAAGGACUUGUAUAUAUGUGUGUACAUAGAAAAUAUAUGGAUUCUUCUGUUUAAUGAUCAAACAUUGUGUUUAUCAUUUAGCAUUACAUUUUGGCUCGUUUCCAUUUUUUUUUUCUUUUUUGUGUGUGUAACUAAUAUUUAUUGUUAUGAUGUUGUGAUAUGGAAUUAGA